AUGGAACCUUACAAGCUGCUGAGCAUUGGAUUUCUGCUGUGCUCCCUGACUUGCCUCUUGGAAACUGUAGUUUCCUCUAAGUCACCUUUAUCCGCCUUUAGAACACAAGAUGAAGCAGGAUCAAAACCACGCUCAAGGGAAAAUCACAGGUCCUGGCUGAGUGACUUCAGGGGUUACUUGUGGGAUCUCAUCAAAAACUCCAUUCCUCCAGCAGCCAUUUUUGCUUUUCUUGUCAGCACAGCACUAAUGGGGACCCUCUGCUGCCUCACGUAA